ACUCCAGCCUGCUCCAUGUAUUCCAGGUUCCAUCUGCGGCUGUUGAUUUGUUUGAUUAUUCUAACCAGUUUCCAUUUAUUUUUUGUAUUAACUGUGUUUUAGUUAGAAUAAUAAUUAUGCAAAGAGAAGAAAAACAAUUAGAUUCAGCAUUAGAAGCUAUACUUAUAAGAAUCAAUGAUUUAAAAACAACAAUUGCAACCAUGAUUUUAAAAAUAGAAAAUGAAUAUCAAAAUUUAAAUUGGCCAAAUUUUUUAGAUAAUUUUGCUCUUGUGUCUGGUCAUUUAACAAGUUUAUUCAAAAUUUUGAACCAUGACAAAGCUCCAAGUUUAAGAAAUUUGACUGUGCUACCAUUGCAUUUGUGUCCUGAAAAAGAUGAAGAUUUGUAUAGGAGAACUGAAGGACGUAUUUCUACCUUUGCCCAUGAUUUAGUUCCUGAUUAUUUGAGAACAAAACCUGAUCCUUCCGUUGAACAAAAAAUAUUGUCAUAUGAAGCAAAGGUUGCAAAUCUUACAUAUGAUAUAACACAUGAAUACAAUAAACAAGUAGCUCAAUACAAUAAAGUGAUUAAUCAUAUAUGGGAUAUUGCUAAUAAAGCACGAGAAGAAUGGGAAAGUGAUACAAUUUCUAGAACUACACAAACUCAAACUAGUAGUGGCACAGAUACUCAAAUACUUGUUUGUGCAGUAGGAAGUGGAAAGGGUUUGAAGUCAGAGUCAAUGCAAAUGGUUCAAUCUGGUGUAAAUCCAAUAGCAAAUAAUAUAAUGGUUGGAAGAUCAGGACAAACUCAAGCAUCUGGGCAAGGAUCAAUAGUUGGACCAGUGGUUAAAACCCCAAGUGCUAUCAAAACAAAUAUCAAGGCUGCUUCACAAAUUCAUCCAUAUGGCAGAUGAACUGCUCUUAUUUUUAAUUUUGUUAGUUAUAUUAAUUUUGAAUAUUUUUAUUCAUGUGUUUAAUAAAUUAAUUAAAGAAA